AGUAUUUAUUUGCCAAGCUACAACCAAGGAGGCUUUUGCCGGUCUGCCGCUGGCGGGAAAGGAACGGAGAGCAGACGGAAAGCGGUCGAGAGCAAAAAAAAGAGAGAGGCCCAAUUAGAGAGAGAACGAGGAUUUGGACCCUGGUGUUUGGAGUUAACGGGAUCAAGGUUGGGAAGUUUGUUUUCUUCCCUACGGAGCGGAUUGCCAAAUCAUUCAACUACAAAUUUCUGCGCCCAGAAAAAGUGAGAUAGCUGACUUCGGGCACUUUGGAUGCCUUUGAGAGCUUCCUAGUUCAAUCGGUUUCAGCAUCUGCAAACAGGAUGGUUUCCCACUGGUAAGGAUCAGACUUUUUUUUCUUGCUGAGUUCAAGGUGGACAGAGAGCGAAGGCUGAGUGGAUGUUUUCCGUGUCAGGAGGCGAACUUUCCCAGCAAGCGGCAAAGAUCAAAAAUUUGUGAGGGUGCUCACCGCCCCCACCCUCAAUCUGCUUUCAGUUCCUUGUGUGCGUGGUUUUAUUUUGCUAUUUCUUCCCUUCACCAGCUGCCGAUUUGAAUCUAGAGGUCUGAAGACGUUUGGGUGAGGAAGGAGACUUAAAUGUGAAAUAGUGGACAGGUGUCCACUGAACUCCACCAGUCAGUCAGAUUCUGGGUUUGCGUCUUCCCAAGCUGAUGUUAUCAAGGAGUAACUUCAAACCGUGAGUCGUUUUGGCUGUGCAAAACCUGAUCAACCAUCUGUUCCAAAGGGGCAUCAAAUUUGCUCACCGCGAUCAUUCUCUGCCCACGAACGGACUCAGCUGGCAAGGCCAGGACUAAACUGCAUUGCACAUUUGGUUUUUUAAGAGGCGAAAGGAAGCAAACCACGUUUCUCUCCGAAGACUCACAGGCAUUUUGAUUUUCCUCUCUGAAGGGUGUUCUCUCUCUCUCUCUCUCUCUCUCUCUCUCUCUCUCGUCUUUCCACUUGAAAGAUGUCCGGCAAAGCCAAGAUAAAAUGUUGGACUUGGAUAGUUUUGGCAGCCUUGAUGUGCCAAGAGUUUUCCCACAUCCGAGUCGCGGUGGCCAAGAAAGAGAGAAAGAAGCCAAAGGAGCCUAAUCAGUACACAGAGCCUUUCAACGGGACUCUUUCCAACAGCGAAGAACUCAAUACGCACUCCAAGGUAGCUAUCCAAAUAUAUAUGCCUGUUCUCAGCUCCUCUUUUCAGUCAAUCCUCAAGCGUCAGGUGGGGUGGGUGUGUGGAAUCGCUUUUUAAAAAUAUCUUUUUCAUCCACGUGACAGCACAGUUGGAUUCCCAUUUUAUAGAUGGGGAAAACUGAGGAUGACAUAAAGUUAGGUGGCCAAGGCACAGAACCUAAACACAGGCAGGGUUAAGAAGAGAUAAUUUCAUUUCCACGCCACUCAAGUUUGACAAUAGCUCUGUUUGCUGAAGGUUGUUCUUUAAAUGCAUGAAAAAUUCUCACUUUUUUUUUUUUUGGGGUGUGCACUUUCUGAAAAAUUAUGCAUUUUGUAUGCCUUCGCUACUUAAGGAUAACACCGCUUUGUAGGUGUUUUCCCACCACAAAAUGCCAUUUUUUAAAAAAAAAAAUCGGAAUUGGAAGAAGCACGCAACCCAUUUUGUUAACUCUGUUCUGAUCAGUUUGUGAAUUAGGUCAGAGGUCAGUUUCUUUAAAAUGCAAAACAAAUAAAAUUCCCCUCCAUCCCAAUUCAGGGGACUGCUCUGUGGGCUCAGUGAGGAUGUGUUUAGUAGACCCUGGGAGCAUCUGCAUCGUAGGUUGUCUGAACUGAUGGAAGGAAUUGCCGCAGGAGGCAGUGAUGGUUGCUCAUUGAAUUGCAUGGCUUUAAAAUAAGGCUGCCGGCUGUUGCUGUGACUCCAAUGCCCUUCAUCCCCAACCAACAUGGCCAGUGGUCAGGGAUGAUGGGAACUGUAGUCUCAACAACAACCAGAGGGCAACAGGUUCCCCUGUCAGUGUUGAGGUCAGAGAUAUGAGUGCCUAAUAGCUGUGUCCAGCUAAGUUCUACUCAGAACAGGUCCAUUGAAAUGAAUGGACCUGGGUUAGUUAUGUCCAUUAACUUCUAUUUUGAGUAUAUCUAGCUUUGGAGCCAACUCUAUAGGAGCAAAGAGCGCAGCCUCAUUUUCCGAGGUGAUUUUUGGAUGUCAAGAGAUGGUGUCCCCAUCAUACCCGGCUCAUGGGCUUCCCAGAGAUAAUCCAAUUUAUAGGGAUAGGUGAGCUUGUCGAUUCUGAUUUUGCCCAUUUUUGUUUUUUCCCAGGUUCUCAUUUUUCCAAUCUUUAGUUCAGUUCUUCACAUUUUUCACAUCCGUUCGGGAGUAUAACUUUUUAAGAAAAUGGUCUGCAUCUUAGCGUACGUUUCUACCUUGUGUGCACUUUUUUUUUUGCAUGUAAUUUCCCCUAACGUACACAUUUUUACAAGCAGUUUUCUGCAUUAAAAUACAUUUUUUAACAAACCCUACUUUCUACUAACUUUUGCGUUUUUCAUGCACAUUCCCUCCCCCCAACACCCGCAUUUUCAAACACACUCCUUGGCUGAAGAACCGCAUUGCAGAAUUUGGAAAAGACCGACUUCCAAAGGAUGGCUGCGUUCUUUGUUUGUGGGUUGUUUCAGAAAAUGCAAACUGAAAGCACCUUCAUAUAGCUCAGUUGGUUAGAGCAUGGUGCUGGCAGUGCCAAGGUUGCAGGUUCAAUCCCCCGUUAGGACUGAAAAUUCCUGCUUUGCAGAUCCUGGCCUGAUCCAGAUGAUACUCAGGGUCCCUUCUAACUCUAUAAGAAAAUGCAAACCGAACUAAAAUUAUCCCCUUAAUCCGAAUGGAUCUCUGCAAUCAGGCAACUUGGCCUGAUCCUACAAUCCUGUGUUCCUAUCCAUCUUCUAAUUCUGUAGGAGCAGAAAGCACUGUGAGCUGCAUCUGCUGUUAGCCUUCCUUAGGUCUAACUCCGAGUACAGUUUAAGCUUGUGUGAUUCUCAUCCAACGCACCUUGUUUUCAAGAUGCAUGCUCCUCGUCCAGGGAUCCGAGUGGCUAGGCUGCCUUUGUGGCCUUUUCUCUCUCUUUUUUUAAGUGUAGAGAUGAAGCAAAGUGUAGUUAAGGAUUGGCGGGGAGAGAGGAUCCGAUGGAGGUUUAGAAAAGUGUGCAAAGACCAGAGAAAUGAGAAACCCUCUCCCUUCUCCCCUCGGAGAGGCAGGUUGGCGGCAGCUUCAGGACAGGCAAAAAGCCUUUCGUGUGAUUGCCGCAACACAUAGUUGACCUGCGGAACUCACUGCCACAGGAGGCAGUGAUUGCCGCCAACUUGAAUGGCUUUGAAAGAGGAUUAGGGAAACUCCUGGGUGAUAAGGCUAUCAAUGGCUACUAGCCAUGAAGGCUACGGUCUACCUCCUCUGUCAGAAGCAGUAUACCUCUGAAGUGUAGUUGGUGGGAAUCACAAGAGGGGAGAGUUGCUCUUGCACUCCGGCCCUGCUUGCAUGCGUCCCAUUGGGGCAUCUGGUUGGCCGCUGUGAGAACAGGAUGCUGGGCUAGGUGGGCCACGGGCCUGAUCCAGCACCGCUCUUCUUCAUUAAGCUUGUGUGGUCAUGCUCAGUCGCUUGGGCAAGAGAAGCCUCUUGUUUCUACCAUGCCUUGGUCCAGUAUACCUGAAGGAGCGUCUCCACCCCCAUCAUUAUGCCUGGAUGCUGAGGUCCAGUGCCGAGGGCCUUCUGGCGGUUCCCUCACUGCGAGAAGCAAAGCUACAGGGAACCAGGGAGAGGGCCUUCUUGGUAGUGGCACCCGCCCUGUGGAAUGCCCUCCCAUCAGAUGUCAAAGAGAUAAACAACUACCUGACAUUUAAAAGACCUCUAAAGGUUCAGGGAAGUUUUUAAUGUGUGACAUUUUAAUGUAUUUUUAAUCUUUGUUGGAAGCUGCCCAGAUGGGCGGGGUACAAAUUAUUAUUAUUAGUAGUAGUAGUAGUAGUUUCCCAAAAGCAUCUGUUGCAUCUGUUGAUGGCUCUCUUGCAGUCUGUCAUGUUUUCCUCCUUGUACUGCUACACAAGGUUUGCCUCUGCACCAUAUCAGCCUCACAACAACCCUGUGAGGUAGGCUAGGCUGAGAGGGAGAGAGGCAUGGCUCAGGUCACCCAGUGAGCCUCAUGGUUGGAUUUGAACCUGGUCUGCAUCUGACACUCUGACCCUGUCCUGUGUCCUGUUUACUGCUCUAUUUGAGCAAAGGCAGUUUUUAUAUUGAGGAUGUAGGAAGAUGCUUUAUAACGCCUUGGAAUAUUCGCCCUGUUUCGCUCAGUAUCCCCUGCUUGGAUCAGUGAUGGUUGGUGCCCUUUGGGGCUGAUGGGGCAGAAGCCAGGGAGCCCAACAGUAGGUGGCGCCAGAGCCAAUGGCAGCCAGAGUCAGGUCAUUCUAGAUUCAUCCCCAUUCUCCUCCUUCCUGCUGAGUUCUACUAAGGAGGAGGAAGCUGGCAGCCAGAGCCUCCGCGUGCUCAGGAUGGCCGUGAAAAGACAGGCAGGUGGCAGCAGGCCGAGGGCAGACUGAAGUUGGUGGGGCAGUGCCCCAUCUGCACCAAGGAACCAGCUUCCACUACAACUCCCAUCCUCCCGGCUGUCAGUUUAGCAACAUCUGGAGGACCAAAGUUUCCCCACAUCUGGUCUAUGUCGCCUGCCACCAUCAGCUCCGACAGACUCUCGGCUGGGAGAUACAGCGCUAUAUCACUGAAAACUGGUUUGAAGUCCAUAUCGUGAUAUUGGUUUCAUAAUUUCUGACCUGGCAAUAUAUCGCAAAUCGUGAUGUGUGUGUAUUAUGCAGAAAUCACAACGCAGGGAAAACUGUGAGGCCAGCCACUGCCUCUGCGUAGCGCCAUCCUUGUUUCAGACAUCAUGAUAUAUAUUGAUGUAUCGCGACAUUUAUCUGGCGAUAUAUCGCAAUUUUGAAAACCUGAUAUCACCCAGCCCUACUCCAGGGUAUUGACCAGGGAAGGGUCUGUCUCGCUUCACUUGUUACUGGAGAGGCCAAGGAUUGAACCUGGGACUGUCUGCUUAACUCAGUGGCUCGAGCACCUGCAGGUUCAACCCCCACUGGCAUCUUCAGGUAGGUCUGGGAGAGAUUCCCUGCCUGAAACCCUGGGGAUUUGCUUCCGGUCAGUGUAGGCACCACUGAGCUGGAUGGACCAAUGUCCUCAUUCAAUAUAAAGCAGCUCCCUCUGUUCCUAUAUCUUAAGAGAAGAACUGCACUGGCAUCUCCAGGUAGGGCUGCCUGAAACCCUGGGGAGCUGCUGCCAGUCCGUGUAGACAACUGAGAUGACAAUGGAGUAGACAAUUGAGCGAGAUGGACUAAUGCCCUGACUCUGUAUAAGGCGCCAAAAACCGGUUCUCUAACCGCUGGUGGCGCUGUGGGUUAAACCACAGAGCCUAGGACUUGUCGAUCAGAAGGUAGGCGGUUCGAAUCCCCGCGAUGGGGUGAGCUCCUGUUGCUCGGUCCCUCCUCCUGCCAACCUAGCAGUUCGAAAGCACGUCAAAGUGCAAGUAGAUUAAUAGGUACCGCUCCGACGGGAAGGUAAACGGCGUUUCCGUGCGCUGCUCUGGUUCGCCAGAAGCGGCUUAGUCAUGCUGGCCACAUGACCCGGAAGCUGUACGCCGGCUCUGUCGGCCAAUAAAGCGAGAUGAGCACCGCAACCCCAGAGUCGGUCACGACUGGACCUAAUGGUCAGGGGUCCCUUUACCAUUUUAACCGCUAGGCAACAUUGCUGCAGGAGGAGCCUCUGCACCUUCUGUUGCCACUAUUGCAAUGGAAGCUGCAGCCUGACUUCACAGCACUCUGGAGCCGGCCACGCAGAGGCGUCUGCCACUCAACAAUAAGGGCUGCGGCCCCGGGAACCAUCUGGGGCUUGCCUUGCCUGCAGGCGGCGGGCGGCGCAAUGGGUAAUCUGUGGCGCCGAGGGGCGUGACCGCCAAGCUGCAACACUUAAUACCCCUUAUAGAUGCUUUGUUCCUCUUCAGGCUUAAGAAAUAUACACACACGCACACACUGGGAAGUGUCAUUCCCGUAAUCUGUGGAUGUCUGUGCAGGGGCUUAGCAGCCGGCAAUUUAGCCCAUUGUGGUUAAUUAGCUAAUAGGAUCUAAUUACCCUCUUGCGGGUGGGGAAAAGGAGAGAGAUUUACCCUCCAGACAAGAGCUCAGAGACAAUUGCUUCUCCUAUAUCUGGGCAAUUAGGAGUGUGCGCCAAUUAGUUGGGAAAGACUGUUGCUUGAUGGCACGGCGAACGUGGCCCUUUAUUUAGUCUGAAUCCGCUGGUUCGUUUUUCUGGUUUUUGUCUGAGCUGUUGAGUUUCCUGGAAGGGAGCUUGUUUGUCAAGGAAGAGGCUCUGUGGUCGUGGGUGGGGGAGAUGCGCUGGCUGGCUGCUCCGCAGGCCCAGGCACAAUCUCUUUUUGGAAAGGUGGCCUGCCUUGUAUCGAGCUCUGGGUUUUGGCUGAGAUCUAGGGGUGGGGACCCUAGAACUCUCAAGAUCUUCUUGGUCUCCAUCAGCCCAAGCCAGCAUGGCCAAUUGAGCAGUAGUUGAACCGUAUUUUUGUACUCCAGCUCUCCUCAGCCUCAGUCAACCUGGCCACCGGCCCAAAGGAUGAUGGGAGUUGGAGUCCCACCACAUCUGCAGAGCAUCAGGUUCCCUGGUGCCUGAUGUAGGCAGGGAAGCGUUCCAUUGCCUUGUCUCUGUGGGAUCUGACCUGUGGUGGACCUUUUAACUCGCACAUGGUCUAAUGCUGCUGUUGAGUGAUUACUGAUCAGAAAGUGGUGGCCUCACCUUCAUUUGAGGAUUUUAAGCAGAGGCUGGAUGGCCACUUAUCGGCGAUUCUUCAACUGCGAUUCCUGCAUUGCCGGGGGUUGCACUAGAUGACCCUCCUGGUCCCUUCCAACUCUACAAUUCCAUGAUUUUAUGAUUCUACAUGAGUGGGAGUUUGUGUGUGUGGGAUCCCAGAAUGUAUUGGCCUGAGGAAGUGCCCAAAUGAUCCAUUAUAUUCAGUGGUCCAGGAGAUCUUUCCAACAUUGUAGGGCCUUAGCUGAAUAGCUGAGCACAUGCUUUGUGUGCAGAAGGUCCCAGUUUGACCCCACGACAUCUCCAAGUAGGGAUGGGAGCACCUGCCGUCUAAUACCCAGGGGUGCUGCUGCCAGUUUACACAAUACUGAACUAGGUGGACUGAAGACUCUUGAGUUCAAUAGACACCACUCCUCAAGAUGGAACAAUGGGCUGACUCUGCCUAAAGCAGACCCCUAUGGUCCCAUGUCCCAAGGGAAGGGCCAAUAUCUCCAUGGUAGAGUUCCUGUUCCUGGGGAACUGCUGCUGGUCAGAUGGUGAACCUGUGGCCCUCCAGAUAUUGCUGGACUCAGCCACUGGCCAACCGUCUGGAAUGAUGGGAAGUUGUAGUUUUUUUUUUAAAAGCGUUUAUUAAUUUUCCAAUAAAAAUAUCUAAUUAACAUAUCAAAUCAAAUCCAAUAAUAAUAAAAAAACUAAAAUAAAAAAGUCCAAUUGUCUUCCAAAUUGUAAUAAUUUCUGUUUUGGCUUCCCACGGUCUGAAUUCUGAAGCGCUUUCAACAUCAUAGUCCUGCCUUUCAUCAUCAUCAAUGUUUUUCAUAAUUCCAUAUCUGAUCUUUUCCUCCACGUUUUGACUCUGGUUCUGUGACCCUCAUUCAUGUCAGAAGACAGAUACUUUUUUUUCUAUGGAGUGCAGAUUUGUCCGUAUAUUGUACUUUUUCAGCUGUUUUUAUUUUUUCAUCGCACCGCUUCAUUUAAUUGCAUCCAAAUCCAGACUUCUGUCCAGCUCUUUGAGAAUUGUUAUUUUGGCAGCUCCCAAAUCGUUAAUCUUUCCCGUCGAGGGGGAAGUUGUAGUUUAACCAUGUUGUAAGACUCUAGCUCCCUUCAGCCUCGGCCAGCGAUGAUGGGAGUUGUAGUCCAACAACAUCUGAAAGGUCAAUCAUUUCCUACACCUGGAUUAGUUGACCAGCCGUGAUGGUGGCCAUAUAGCCUACUUUACAGAGGAGACUCCUCUAUUUGAAGGGGUGCCUGGCAGAAGUCUAGUUCAAAGAUAAAGGAUACUAAUAAGAGAGAGCCACCUAGAUCCUGGAUGGCCAAACUGAGCAGUCACACCCUUCACCUGCUCACAGCGUCCCCCACAACGGUUGCAUUUUCUGUUGAAAACUAUAGCAGCGAUUUCUAAAUUUGCACCUAUGUAUAUAACAGAGUCUGUGCUGCGGACACAAAUCUGCGUUCCUUUUCGUUGCUGCGUUCCCUCUUUCUCUGGCGAUGCAGCAGAGGUUGUCCAACUUGCACACCCAACUUUGCGAUUCUCUGCACUCGGUCUCUCUCAGCCUCAUUUUUCCUGGGCUGUAGAAUGGGAUUAAAAAUGGAUGGAUUUCAGAAGGUUCUUGUGUGGAUCAGAGAGAGUUGGAAGAGAGAGUGGGCUGUCAGCUCAUCCCCUUGUGGUAGUUGAUGUGCUAGAUGGAAUUAUAUAUAUUUUUGAAAAGUCUGUUCGACAAAUGUGUGGAAGGGUAUGUUUGUAUGCUAAGCUUCAGAAGAGCCCUGUUAGAUGAGAUCUGUUAGAUCUCAACUGCCAAUGGGCCCGGAGGCUUGAAUCCUAUCUACAAACAGCAAAAUCAUUCCCCAAGUGUCAGCAUUUUUAUAGAGCCCAAGCCCUGCAGAAUUCGCACACAGGACAGAGGCAGCAACAUAUUAGUGGUUCAUGGAAGUUUAUGUAAAUUAAGUGGGGGAACAGACCCCAAAACAACCCAGUGAGGACUGAGCAUGCCUAGAGGCCAUGACUAAUGCCUAGUUGUUUGGAACCCUUUACAGGAGCAUUCCACGCUGCAAGACUUUAUUGCAGACUCCACUUUUAAUUAUCAUGGCCAAUAGUCUGCAACAGAUCUAUCCUUCAUCUGUCUUUGAGCCAUUGCUAUUAUCCCAUGGCAAGGAAUCACAUUGUCAGUGCAUUAUAAUUUGCACAUUAUAAACAGGAUGCAACCUAAGAUGUAUCAGUCUAAACAUCAAAGAGAGAGGUCUGUGUAGAGAUCAAGGUAGAGGGAGCGGGGAGCAGUGUCCCAUUAUUAUUACUACUUUUCCCCAGACUGAGACUCAAGGCGGCUUACAAAAAUUAAGGCAACACUGAUAAAAUACAGAAAACUAAAAUCCAAUAGCUAAGAAGUAAUUAAAUGUUAGAAUUAAAACAGUAUAAAAACCAAUCUAUUAAAAUGCAGAUGGCAAAAAAGGCGCAGCACUCUUAAAAGCCUUUAAAGCAGACAGCUCCCCAAGGCCUGCUGGAAUACAACAGUCUUCACCUUCGCUGGUGGAAGGACAACAAGGAGGGAGCCAGUCUAGCUUCUCUAGGGAGGGACUUCCAAAGUCUGGGAGCCACCACUAAGAAGGCCCUCUCCUUCAUCCCCAUCAUACCUGCGAGGGUGGCAGGACCAAGAGAAGGCUCUCUCCCAAGGAUCUCCGAGCUUGGGCAGGUUUGCAGGGGAGAAUAAAGGUAAAGGUAAAGGGACCCCUGACCAUUAGGUCCAGUCGUGGAUGACUCUGGGGUUGCGGCGCUCAUCUCACUUUACUGGCUGAGGGAGCCGGCGUACAGCUGGUCAUGUGGCCAGCAUGACUAAGCCACUUCUGGCGAACCAGAGCAGCGCACGGAAACGCCGUUUACCUUCCCGCCAGAGUGGUGCCUAUUUAUCUACUUGCACUUUGACGUGCUUUCGAACUGCUAGGUUGGCAGGAGCAGGGACCGAGCAACGGGAGCUCACCCCGUCAUGGGGAUUCGAACCGCCAACCUUCUGAUCGGCAAGUCCUAGGCUCGGUGGUUUAACCCACAGCGCCACCUGCGUCCCAUAGCCAGUUGUAACCAGGGAGUCGUGGGCUUCCUAUGACCAACCCCAGUCAAGCGUCUGGCUGCUGCUCUUUGGACCUUCUGAAGUUUCCGAGCACGUCUCCAAGGCAGCCCCUCUGUGUGCGGCAAUCUGUUCAGUCUACUGGACCAGCCUCUGCUGCGGCCGUGGGUCCACCCCCCUGCUUUGGCUUCUUGUUCGCCGCGGUGGCUCAACCACCCCAUCUCGGCUGCAGGCAUCUCCCUUCAGCUGCCGGAGCCUGCCUUUGCCAAGACGAACAGAGCGCGGCUUACACGCUCAUUCUCGGGAUUGCUCAUGCAUGCCAUAGUAAUUAAAUAAUAAUACCACAAGGACAGAACAUUCAUUUUAGCUGUCAGUCACGCCGGCUGGCGGUGGGGAAAGCAGGGAGCGCCCGGCCUGCCUCUCUCUGAGAGGGAUUUGUAACUCAAGGAAGCCAGCGGCGGUGGCCAGGGCUGCGUGGCUUCUCUUUGCGGCUGGUGCGAGGCGGCUGCAGAAGAGAGCCGUCGGGACUGCUCUCUGGCACGAGGCUCUGGUUGCAGCCUUUCCCACGCUUGUGCGAUCGCAGAGCGCAGCCCGAAAGCUCGUCAGGAAAAGAUAUAUUAUUAUUACAGUGGUACCUCAGGUUACAUACGCUUCAGGUUACAUACGCUUCAGGUUACAGACUCCGCUAACCCAGAAAUAGUACCUCGGGUUAAGAACUUUGCUUCAGGAUGAGAACAGAAAUUGUGUUCCAGCGGCACGGCGGCAGCAAGAGGCCACAUUAGCUAAAGUGGUGCUUCAGGUUAAGAACAGUUUCAGGUUAAGAACGGACCUCCGGAACGAAUUAAUUUCUUAACCCGAGGUACCACUGUACUAUUAUUUUGGUGGUGCUCUUUGUACAAACUCGCAGAUAAAAAGGUAAAGGGACCCCUGACCAUUAGGUUCAGUUGUGGCCGACUCUGGGGUUGCGGCACUCAUCUCGCUUUACUGGCCGAGGAAGCCGGCGUUUGUCCGCAGACAGCUUCCGGGUCAUGUGGCCAGCAUGACUAAGCCGCUUCUGGUGAACCAGAGCAGCACAUGGAAACGCCGUUUACCUUCCUGCCGGAGCGGUACCUAUUUAACCGCUGACCUUCUGAUCAGCAAGCCCUAGUCUCAGUGGCAUAAGAAGCUGUCUUGUGCAUUGCAGGGGCCAGAGCAAGUCAAUAUGAGGGGAGGUUGGGACAUUUGGCAUCGCAGAGGGUUGGACCAGAUGACCAGAUGAUUGAGGCGUGUACAGUGGUACCUCAGGUUACAUACGCUUCAGGUUACAGACGGUUCAGGUUACAGACUCCGCUAACCCAGAAAUAUUACCCCGGGUUAAGAACUUUGCUUCAGGAUGAGAACAGAAAUCGCGCGGCGGCAGCAGGAGGCCCUAUUAGCUAAAGUGGUGCUUCAGAUUAAGAACAGUUUCAGGUUAAGAAUGGACCUCCAGAAUGAAUUAAGUACGUAACCAGAGGUACCACUGUAAUAUAAUGCAUGCACAGUGUGGAGAAAGUGAACAGGGAAAUCUUUUUUCCUCCCUCUCUCUCAUAAUGCCAGAACUCGUGGACAAUCCAGUGAAGCUGAAUAUUGAACGAUUCAGGAUAGAUAAAACGUGAUCCAGCCGCAGGGCUCCUCUUUAUGUCCUGAUGAGAGAGAUGGACUUCGCAGCCAUACUGCAAUCUGCUGUCGAACAUCUCCUGAUUCAAAGAUAGUCUAUCAUGGAAGGUGGGCAGGAGUAUAUUGUUGUUUGAUGAACACAAGCCCAAAGUCCUCCAGUAGAAAAGCAGAGCCUGAAACAUGUCUUUGAGCAGUGCCAUUUUUCUAGAAAAAAGAGGUGCCAUUGUUCUCUUAUCAUGGCAAUGGCGCCCAGGUGAGAGGUGCUGGAAUUGAGUUCCCGUGAGUUCCAGCCAGGAGUGCCAACUUGAAUAAAAUAUUGGGGUGGAGGUAAGCCCCCACAAUGCAUAAUCAAUCACAUGACGCAGUGCACGCACACCGUUUUAAUGGCAGUGCCCAUCAACUUUGGGGGGAUGGCCCCUCGGCCCCUACGAGUUGGCUCCUAUGGUUCAGGCUGAAAAAAAGUCCUGCCUUUGAGUGACGGUGGGGAGCCUCAGGUCUGGGGGUCAGAUGUAGCCCUCUGGGGUUCUUAUCUGGCUCCUGGAUCUGUCCCCGGACUACACCCCUCACCAGCCCUGCUUUGCAUCUUCCUUGAGUGUUUUUGCCUGGCUGGAACAUGUCCUUGAGCUCCGAUCAUGCCUUUUUGCUUGCCUGGAUGGAGGAGAGACAGGGCUGUGCCACUGUGUGUGGAAACUAUCCUAUUGAAUGAAGGUAAACUUUGCAUUCUGGGCCCUGCCCACAUUUGUCUCUUGGCCCCACCCACCCUUGGCAUGCGUCCCUGGGUAGGUCACCCAGAAGGGAAUGUGGCAUUCAGGCUAAAAAACCCCUGGUUUUGAGGCUAGGCCUUUGGUGGGAGAGCAAAUGGCGAACUUGAAAUUUGAGAGUUCAUGCGAGGCUCAGAGAAACCCAAGGAUUUGCGGAAGAAGGGUGGUGGGGGAGCUCUGAGGAGGGAGAUUCCCCCCCCCUUUUAAAAAAGCAGUCCAGUAUUGGAUCAAGCCUGUUCAAGUGGGCACAGCAUGCUGACUAUCAGGGGGGUUAAAACGAAAAACUAGGGCAGGAACGGAACGGGGUGUCCAGGGAAACGAUGCAGAGCUGGCCGUCGGGAAGCCUGAACAUGGCAACAUUUUCCCUGGAGCCUCUACCCGUACCCUCUUGAAUUUUUGUGGGUGCAUUCGAGGCAGGAAAAGUUGCUCAAGAAGCAUUCCUCCUGCGCGCCCCCCCUCCAAGAAGUUUGUUUCAUCGGCAGCAAUUUGGGAUCCCGUAAAACACUUGAUUCCUGAUCCUGUUCUUGGGAUGUCUGCUUGACCCGAGGGCGUGCUUGACAGAUCUAACAUUGACACUAAUUACUCAAUUACCAUGGAAUGCGUCAAGGCUGUGCUGGAAAUGACUCAGGCAGCCCCUUCCUUUGGCUCGCAAGGCAGACAGCUGCUAUUCCGCAAGCCCCCACCUGGGGCAAGAGAGGAGGGUGCUGAGUGAGCCAGGGCUCUCCAAUGGGUAGCUCUUGGGCCUGAUCUGGCCCCAGGGGUUGCUAGGACACAUGUUACGUAGCUGUAAAAAAAGGGCGCGCGGCGGGGGGGACCUGACACUUUCAACCAGUGGCGGCUGGUGCCUGCUGGGAUUGGUAGGGUUCCCUCCUCCUCCUCCGUGCUGAGUUCUACAAGGGCAACACUGAGGCUAAGGAGGAGGAAGCUGGCAGCCAGAGCUACCUUCCUGCCUGCUCUUCUCUUGGCCAUUAGGAGACCAUGCAAACUGCAGCAUGACGACAACCUUACCUUUUUAUGUAUAUAGGAAGAUAAUAAUAAUAAUAGGUGGUAUCCAACUGAGUCUUAUACAGAGUAAGCCAGUCUAAACUAAUGUACAUAAGUUACUCAUGCCCAUUCCAUUUAUUUCAAUCGAUCUACUCUGAGUAGGGGGAUGUGGGUGGCGCUGUGGGUUAAACCACUGAGCCUAGGACUUGCAGAUCAGAAGGUCAGCGGUUUGAAUCCCUGCGACUGAGUGAGCUCCCGUUGCUUGGUCCCUGCUCCUGCCAACCUAGCAGUUCGAAAGCACGUCAAAGUGCAAGUAGAUAAAUAGGUACCGCUCCGGCGGGAAGGUAAACGGCGUUUCUGUGUGCUGCUCUGGUUCGCCAGAAGCGGCUUAGUCAUGCUGGCCACAUGGCCCGGAAGCUGUAUGCCGGCUCCCUCGGCCAAUAAAGCGAGAUGAGCGCCGCAACCCCAGAGUCGGUCACAACUGGACCUAAUAGUCAGGGGUUCCUUUACCUUUACCUUUACUCUGAGUAGGACUAACACUGGAUCUAACAUAAUAAUAAAUAAAGAAGACAAGGGACAGGCAGCUGAUAGAAAACACUUAGAAAGGGAUUUUCUGAUUCAGCUUCUAAAUAGUAAGCUGAUACUGAACUGAGCCCUUUGCUGAGUGGAGGGGACCCUCAGAGGAACUCUCUAAGUUUUCCCAGCCAUCCAGUAAUUCUGGUUUGGGUGUCUCUGAUUUCCUGAUUUCUUUUUUUCCUUUCUUUUUGCCAACACCCUAAUCUGAGAGGGAUCCACCCCCCCAUCCAAGCCCCCUCCCUUAGAUAAAUCCCGACGUGUGCCAAUAUGCAUUCUUGUUUUCAAAUUUUGAUACAUUCUUUCCAGCAUCCUCUCCCCACCCCCCUUGCUUUCAUUAACAAGCCCCAGAUUCCAAGAGGUGAUUCAUUAAAGCUCCUGAGCUGACAGUUCAUUCAUUGGAGGGGCUCGUGACUCCCGGGCUUGUCUUCUUCUUCUCCCUGUUGAUGAUGGAACUUUGGCAAGGGAAGGGGAGGCAGUCACUCCCAGAUUCCAUUUUUGACAGGCGAUCGGUGGCAGUGGGCAGAUGCUCUGCCACCAAGCUACGGACUUUUUCUUACCAGGAACAGAGGAAGCUGACUUAUGCCAUCCAUGACAGCUUUGCUCUUCUUCCACAAUUGGCGGCAGGAAUUCUUCUGAAAACCAGUUGCUGGAAGCCUGGGUUUCCCAGCGGCAUCUGGUUGGCCACUGUGAGAACAGGAUGCUGGAGUAGAUGGGUAUUGGGCCUAAUCCAGCAGGGCUCCUCUUAUGUUCCUACGUAAGUCACAUCAUUGAUCCUCCCAGUUAACGUCAUCUACACCAGCUGGUCUGACCUAAUGGUCAGAGAUCCUUUUACCUUUACCUAGCAGGGAAUGCCCAGGAAUUUGUAGAGAAACCAAGACAUACUGUGAUUUAUUUAAAUGGGUAGUGUCAUUUGUGAGUUUUUGGUUGCGCCGGAAACUGGGCAAAGUCGCACCAAAGUCAUAUUUCAGUCCACCAUCUCGAUUCAGAACGGCACUUGGCACCCAAAUAUUGAUGAAGAACACUCCCCCCAUCUCAGGAAUCCUUGUGCCAAGCUUGGUGAUGCUAUCUUGAGAGGUGGCUGAACCAAUAGAGGACAAACGGACAACCAUUUUCCAAAACGCACAGUAGAUAAUCCCUGAUAAUGUGCACUAUUAACCCUAAAAUGGCAAUUCACAGUGCAGUAUGCCUUAGCAUCACUACCAAAUGAAAACAAAUGAUUUUUAAGCUUCAUAUUUGCCUGAAAGCAGAGAAGAAGCUAUUGAAAAUGAGUGAUUUUUGCAUGUUGGGGGAAGUCCAGUAAGCUGCAGAUGUAGAGUAGAAAGUGAACAGGGCACCCAUGCUCCACAGAGAUCUCCCUUACUAGAAGCAUCGAUAUAGGAAGGUGGGGCAUGUGAUUGGCAAAAAAUAUGUACAGUCGUACCGCCGCUUAUUUAUCCCUCUGGAUACGUAAACUUCGGGAUGUGAACACGGCAAACCCGGAAAUAUUUUUCCAGGUUUCACCGCACGUGCAUGCGCAGAAGCGCUCUAUGCACCACUCACAUGCUCAGAAGCGGUCCUCCCAUUGUGAAUUCCUCGGGAUGCGGCUGGACCUCCAGAAGGGAUCCCGUUCGCAACCGGAGGUACCACUGUAUCUUAUUAAAUAAAUGGCUCAUGCUUUUCCUGCCAUGUUGCAGCACUCGUGGAGAUUGAUAGAGCAAGUGCCUCAUCAGAAGAACGUAUCCUAGCCCAGACACCACACACAGGGCUCCUUUGGUCUAGUCAGCCUUAACUGGAAUCCAACAUGGUGUAGACCUGGAGCCCAGGUGUAGGUCCUGAUCCAUUGGUUGAAGAUCUAUGAUCUAUACUGAUUCCAUGGACUCAUUGCUGGAGUCUUUCCCAGCCAUACUUGUGGAUAACAAGGGUGGCACCUGGGCCCCCUUUGCAUGGAAAAGACCUGCCCCCCUACAAGCCAGGAUACUUCUCAGAGAACAAAAAUUGGGAGCAUCAAUUGGGAGGGAGCAUCCUUGGCACCCAGAAGGUUCCAUGUUCCAUCCCUGGCAUCUCCAGUUAAAAGGGAUCAAAUAACAAGGAAAAGAGCCUGGAGUGGCGAUGGGGGUCAAAUCUGCCUAAUUCACGCUUUCUGAAACAAUACACAACAUGAAACACAGCUGUCCUGUGAAAUCUGCACUUCUCCAAACAUAGCAAUGCACAAAAAGCAUGUAAAAAAAAGGGCACCUGCUGGGGUAAAAUUACUUUGAUGAGGAAAAAUAUACAACAUACAUUGUAUUAGGGCGGGCAUGGCCAAACUUGGCCCUCCAGAUGUUUUGGGACUACAAUUCCCAUCAUCCCUGACCACUGGUCCUGUUAGCUAGGGAUGAUGGAAGUUGUAGUCCCAAAACAUCUGGAGGGCCAAGUUUGGCCAUUCCUGUCUUAGGGGAGCUCACUUUGUAAUCAAAGGUUAGGCAAAACUGCAUAGACAAAUGUGUAUAUUGGGAGAAAUUUGGACUAAAACGCUGGUGAGUUUUUAUGAGGAUUAAAGAAAUAAAAUCUAACUUGGUGCAGAAGUGCGGAGGAGUGAAUUGGGGGUGGUGGUGGAAGAAAACUGAAAGUGACAGAGUCAUAGAACUGUAGAGCUGGAAGGGACGUACAGUACAGUGGUACCUCGGGUUACAUAUGCUUCAGGUUACAUACACUUCAGGUUACAGACUCCGCUAACCCAGAAAUAGUGCUUCAGGUUAAGAACUUUGCUUCAGGAUGAGAACAGAAAUUGUGCUCAGUAGCGCGCCAGCAGCAGGAGGCCCCAUUAGCUAAAGUGGUGCUUCAGGUUAAGAACAGUUUCAGGCUAAGUACGGACCUCCGGAACGAAUUAAGUACUUAAACCCAAGGUACCACUAUAUAGCCAAAAACUCCAACGAAGGAGAGUCCCCCACUUUCUGAGGGAUCCAUUCCACUGUCCAAUACCUCCUGCCAUCAGAAAGCUCUUCCUAAUGCUUAGUUGGAAUCUCCUUUCUUGUAAUUUGAUUCCAUUGGUUUGGGUCCUACCAUCUGGAGCUAUUGGGGGGGGAAGCUUGCUCCAUCCUCCAUGGGACAGCCCUUUAGAUAUUUGAAGGUGGCUCCUCUUUCCUAGGCAAAGCAUACCCAGCUCCUUCAACUGUUCCUCAUAAGGCUUGGUUUCCAGACCUUUUGUCAUCUUGGCCACCCUCCUGUGAACACAUCCCAGCUUCUCAAGACCCUUCUUAAACUGUGGUGUCCAGAACUGGACACAGUACUCCAGGUCUGACCAAGGCAGAAUAGAGCAGCAAGACUAUUACUUCCCUUAAUCUGGAUGUUAUGCUUCUGCUGAUGCAGCCUAGAAUAGGCUUUCACAUUUCAUUCACCCCUAGCUUGGAGAACUGCAACCUGCCAGAGCCGGCAGUACUAGUCUAGAUGGAAAUCUACCCUGACUUGGUAUAUAAGGCACCUGUAAUGGAUGCUGUAAGUUGCAACCUGCACUGCAAAUCUUGCCCAUUGCUUCCUUGCAGGGCUUAGAUACCUGGCCUCAGUGCCCUCUAGCUGUGAAAUGGGAUUUUUUUAAUGCUUUAAAACACAAGUAAAGCAUUUGAAAGCAGGAGCAGGAGGAAAUGCUUCUCCGUGCAAACCUUCUAAGGGCAAAAAGAAAAUCUGCUUCUAAUUCUAGUUAAAGUGGAAAAGAAGUCUGGACAAUAGCGCCUUGGUGUUAAUAGCAGGGGUGGACAGAAAGUAGAUCUACUGGAUCUCAGUGGUAUGAUUUCUGACUCCCCAUUAUUUAGCAAUAUAAUCUACAACGAAGGGCUUCAGUUCUAUGCACAAGUACUUGCCUAAUCUAGGAGCAAGUUGUAUGAGCCUCAGUGUUCCCCAGCUGUAAAAUGGGCCUUAAUGUUGAAGUGUGCAGGCAUAGCUUGCUGUUUCUUAAAAUUGUGAGGUCUUUAAAAUAAUAUAUCUCCCAUGGCUAAGGCUUCUGCUUUUGUUUUUUCUCAGCCUUAGCAUUUAUCUCCACCCCCAAUUUUAAAAAUAUGUUUUCCUCCUCAAGCAUAGAUGUAGCUCUUAAUUUAGGUUUAUGGAAAAUGCAAGACAACCAUUCUGAGAUCUGAAUUUCUGAACAGCAAAAUUUGAUUUUCAACUUUGGAAAUCCUCAUAGGGAAACUGAAAUAUUUUCAGUCCAAAAAUCAAUCCUCAAUGCCAAAUUUAGGGGUGGGGGUUCCAGGUAUCAAUAAAAAUGGCUUUCUUUUCUGUUCCACUGAAGGAACCAUUACUGACAGCUGAGCAACACUGUUGGAUUAUGUAUCUAUACAUCUAUAUAUGGGGUAAUGUCAAUUGAACAGUUAAUGUGCAGAACAACAGGCUGUUGUGAAAAUUCACAAGACUUUGUGGAGAAUGUGCACAUAAUCUGUCCAUGAAUUCUGCAGAUUUUCCAAAUGAUAUAUGUAUAUAACCUCCAACAGGCCUUGGGGAAUGUGCAUCUCUUGGCUGUAUACUCUUGUCAUUAUGCAUAGUCUCCAACAGGUCUUGGGGAAUGAGCGUAUCUCGACUACAUUUUUGUAUAUUCUCCAGCCAAUAUGCAUAAUCUCCAACAGGUUUGGGGGAAUGUGCACAUUUCCCGAGACCCUGUGGGAAAUUAUAUGUAUACUGCCGAGGAAAUGUGUACAGUUUGCCUGGCAGGGACAGAUUACUGGUAUGUGCAUGUUUUCCGUGAGGCCUGGUGAAUGUGCACAAUGGCCGGUUAUUAUGCACAUGAACCACUCAGCUCACAUUAUCUCCAACAUAUUCCCACGUAAACACACACAUAUAUAAUUGGCUGUGGAUAAAAGACUCACAGUGCCCUCAAUCCUUCUUCUUCUUUCCUUAGAUGCUAGAGUCCCCAGACCCUCGCAUCACUGACCCGCGUCGGACGUGGAUUUCAUUUGUACAUCGUCCUGAUGACGGCAGCAACUCCAAAAAGAAAUGCAAAGGCAGAGAUAAGAAAUUAGUAGGUUAUUCUCGGAAGCACUUUUAGCUGUCCAUUACAUCCAUCAUGAUAACAAACCCUUCCCUCUGGUUCUGAAGUUCAGGGUGGGAGUGCCGUUAAUCUGUGCAGUCAAAAUGGCACCAUCCAUCUAUGAGAGGGUGGGGUCAGUUUGGGGAAACUCCAAGGUUUGCAGAAGUAGAGAAGCAUUUGGGGGGGGGCAGUGGGAGGAUUGCAGUUUUAUGCAUGUCUAUUCAGAAGUAGUCCAAUGAGGAAUACUCCUCCCGGGAUAAAUGCAGGGCCGGAUUUAGGUUUGAUGAGGCCCUAAGCUACUGAAGGUAAUGGGGCCCUUUAUAUGUCCAGCUGUCCUUUGUCAACAACAAAUUGUCACUGUUUUUUGUGUCAAAUAUAUGCUAUAUGGUAAUUUAUGGACCUAAUAGGUAACCUAAAGCCAUUUGCACGUAACAAAGUAUGUAUUUUACCAAAGUAAUUGUUGAACUGAAAUACAAUUAAGAAGAAGUAUAUUAAUAGUGAAAUAAUUAUUAAGCUCUAACUUAAAAUGAUUGGGGGCCCAUUACUUACAUCAUAGGAGCCUACACGACACAAAACACUGUUGCUGUAUGUAGGUUUUAUUUUAUUUGUUUUUUAUCUUAUAUUUUGGAAAUGUACAUCCAGUUUUUCCCCCUUUAAUUUUUAUGGGGGGACCCCAAGAGAGUGGGGCCCUAAGCUAUAGCUUGUCUAGCUUAUACGUAAAUCCAGCACUGGUUAAAUGUGUAUAGGAUUGCAACCUAGGUGUGUGUGUGUGUGUGUGUGUGUGUGUGUGUUUGGGGUGGGGGGCAGGAAACAUUUUGCCACUCACAUUCGUUUUGUGAGUCACCGACCCCCAGUUCCGUCUUCUGCCUCCCCAGUUGAAAGAUCUUGAGCCCUAGGGCUGCAAAGAACAGAAGAGAAGCCCUGCAGCUUAUAUCUGGCCUGUGGAUGUAGCCAGGAUUUAUGUUGUGUGGUUUUUUUUGGGGGGGGGGGAUACCCACCUAUCGCCAUCGUCUUUCUGGCUCGGUCUAGCUGAUUCGGAACAAAACAUCUCAACAACAGUUUUUUAAAAAAUUCUUUCUUUUGACCCCAUGUGCUCAGAAAACCCUGCCAUUUCGAUUUCAGAUAUUCUGAUUAUUUCUACUUUCAGUUCAGUAUUUUUAUUUACUGGAUUGGGGGUGGGCAGCAGCUCCUCUGCCUCCCUGGCUACACCCACAAUCAGGCCUAAGGAUUACUGACUCCAGCAUUCUGUUCUCACAGUGGCCAGCCUUAUGCCUCUGGGAAGCUUGUGAGCAGGACCUGAGUGCAACAGCAACUCUCCUCUCUUGCAGUUCCCAGAAACUGGUAUGCAAAGGUUUACUGCCUCCAAUAGUGGAGGCAGAACAGAGCCACCAUAGCUAGCAGCCACGGGCAGCCUUGUCCUCCUGUAGCAGAGCAUCGUGUGAUUUGCUUUCAGAUUAUUCUCAGCUUCAGUCCCUGGUGUCUGCAGUUGGGGGUCCUUAUCCUAGGAACAGAAGAAGAGCCUUCUGGAUCAGGGCCCGUGUUGUCCAGCGUCCUGUUCUCACAGUGGCCAACCAGGUUCCUGUGGGAAACCAGCAAGCUGGACCUGAGCACAUGAGCAUUACUCUGACCAAGUGUAGCCAUCAUGGCUAGUAGAUGUUGAUAGCCUUAUCCUCCAGAUCUACCAAAUCAUCUGCCAAAGACCCUGAAGAACAAAUGCCAACGAUCUGAUGUUGGGCUAAGUCAACUGGGGUAAACCUUUGCCCCUUCGGAUCCUGCCAAACUACAACUGCUGUCAUCCACCCUGACCAUUGGCUACCCUUGCUAGGGAUGAUGGGAGUUGUAGUCCAGCAACAUCUUUUUUAAAAAAAAUAAUUUUUAUUGAAUGAUUUUAUGUUACAAAAAACAUUACAACCAUACUACCACUAAAUAUAAUUGAGAAAUAAAAAUUACAUACAUCAAUAUUUAGUUUAUUAUUUGUUAUUUGCUGUCUUAUUUCCUCCCAAACAUUCCAUACAAAACACACAUAUGUACAGACACACACAAAAAAUGAUAAUAAUGAAAGUAAAUAUUUUUUACCCUUUUAUCUUUCAAAAUCUUUUCUUCAAUUUUGACUUCCUGUCAAGUCCCUUCACAUAUGUUUUAUCUUACAAUCGAAUGUACACAAAACAGUAAACCUUUCUAUAGAAAUUCUAUAUAGAAAUUCUAUAUAAAUUUUCCGAUACAUUCUGAAAACAUAAUAAAUCCUUAAUUGUUAUCCAGCAACAUCUGUUGAGCAGAAAGUUCCCCACCCCUGGAUGGCCUUUGUGGCCUGAGCCAGCAUCUGACAGCUUUGCUUGUGGACUUGUCAAAAAAGGCAGCACCAUGGAUCAAGUCUAACUGUGUCGCUUCCUUCCUUAAAACUGACUGUCAGGGCAAAUUGUAUUUUAAUUGUCGGGUUGUAUUCUCUCCCUCCCUCAACCCCCCCACCCCAGUUUGUAUUAUUCUGUAUUUUGUAAACAUUGUGAGUUUUGCCUUGAAACCCAACUUGGGAGAAAGGUGGGCUAUAGAAUCUAUGAAAUGAAGGAGUCAAAUAAAAUAAACCAGGCUAGCGUAUUUAUCACAAAUAAGGUUUCUGAAUCCCCUCCCUCUCCCCAAACACUCUUCUUUCUUUCAGCGUGGCCUUGUUGGACCUCCAGGACCCCCAGGCCCUCCAGGACCCCCGGGGGCUCCAGGGGCAGAAGUCACCCAGGAAGUCUUGCUGCAGGAGUUCAAGAAGAUGUUAAAAGGUACGCGGGUUCAAUAGAGGCCGGCCUCCUUCCAAGCUCAGGCGGCAGCAUCUUCCUCUCUCCUUUUUCUCAAGCCCUCAUUUUUUUUUACUAUGACUCUCUUGUUGUUGUUUAGUCGUUUAGUCAUGUCUGACUCUUUGUGACCCCAUGGACCAGAGCACUCCAGGCACUCCUGUCUUCCACUGCCUCCCGCAGUUUGGUCAAACUCAUGUUGGUAGCUUCGAGAAUACUGUCCAACCAUCUCGUCCUCUGUCGUCCCCUUCUCCUUGUGCCCUCCAUCUUUCCCAGCAUCAGGGGCUUUUCCAGGGAGUCCUCUCUUCUCAUGAGGUGGCCAAAGUAUUGGAGCCUCAGCUUCAGGAUCUGUCCUUCCAGUGAGCACUCAGGGCUGAUUUCCUUCAGAAUGGAUAGGUCUGAUCUUCUUGCAGUCCAUGGGACUCUCAAGAGUCUCCUCCAGCACCAUAAUUCAAAAGCAUAAAUUCUUUGGUGAUCAGCCUUCUUUAUAGUGCAGCUCUCACUUCCAUACAUCACUGGGAAAACCAUAGUUUUAACUAUACGGAUCUUUGUUGGCAAGGUGAUAUCUCUGCUUUUUAAGCUGCUGUCUAGGUUUGUCACUGCUUUUCUCCCAAGAAGCAGGCGUCUUUUAAUUUCGUGACUGCUGUCAUCAUCUGCAGUGUUCAUGGAGCCCAAGAAAGUAAAAUAUUUCACUGCCUCCGUUUCUUCCCCUUCUAUUUGCCAGGAGGUGAUGGGCCCAGUGGCCAUGAUCCUAGUUUUUUUGAUGUUGAGCUUCAGACCAUAUUUUGCACUCUCCUCUUUCGGCUUCAUUAGCACCAUACAUUUAAGCCUCAUCUGAAGCAUGCUCAGAACAUCAGAAGAGGUUCCCUGCUGGGAUCAGGUCAAUGGGUCCAUCUGGAUCACUGCUUCUCAGAUGCCACCUGUUUUGGGACUACAACUCCUACCAUCCCUAGCUAGCAGGACCAGUGGUCAGGGAUGAGGGGAACUGUAGUCCCAAAACAGCCGGAGACCCAAGUUUGGGAAACCCUGCUCUAGAUAGACCAGCAAACUGAUCUCACAGUGGCCAACCAGAUACUCCUGUGGGACACGCACAAGCAGGAGUUCAGCACAAGAGCACUUUAAAUGCAUGGUGCUGCUAUGGCCUAAGGCUGUGUACAACACCAUACUUUUAAAGCACAUGACUCUCCCCUCCUGGGAACUUUAGUUUGUGCAGGGGGCUGGGAAUUGUAAGUCUGUGGAGAAGGGGCAAACUACAGUUCCCAGAAUUCUUUGGAGGGCAAGGCAAAGUGCUGUAAAUGGAUGGUCAGCCAAACUCACUCUUCCAGUUGGACAGAGAAGCUGGAUUCUCAGGGCCAACAAGAUGACCUCCUAUUUCCCCCCUUUUUCUUACAGAAGCCACUGAGCGGCGGGCCCCUCCGGCUUUGCCAACCCCCCUGAGCGAGGCGCCCCCUUUGCUGCUCUCCCUGGAGGAGGCCUCCCCCUACCGGCGAGUGGAGGAGGCUUUUCACUGCAAACUCAAGGGCCAGAUCGUUGUGGACAAGAAGACUUUGAUGGAACUCCAGAACUUCCAGAUGGUGAGGAAACCACAUCUCUUUAACUAGCGGGCAUGUAGUGUGAAGCAUGUAUUGGGUUGUAGCCAAGGCUAGUCCUGAUUAGAGUAGACCCACUGAUGUUAAGGACUAACUUAGGCCGUGGCUACUUCCCCCAAAGGAUUCUGGGAGCUGUCAUUUGUUAAGGGUGCUGAGAGCUGUGAGGAGACCCCUGUUCUCCCUCACAGAGCUACCGUUCCCAGAGUUCCCCAGGAAGAAGAGUUGAUCGUUAAACCAUGUGGAGAAUCAUAACUUGGGGGGGGGGGGAAAUAGGGGGGUCUCCUCGCAACUCUCAGCACCCAUAACCAACGGCAGCUCCCAGAAUCCUUUGGGGGAAGCCAUGGCUGUUUAAAGUGAUAUCAUAGUGUUUUAAACGUGUGAAUGUGGCCUAAGUUUGUAGUUUAUUUACUUACUUUAAGGAUUUCAUAACCCUCUCAGCCUUGGAAUGGCAAGUUUGAGUCCCAGAGCCAUUCUUCAAGCUCAGUGAAUUGCCAAGAGCCUCUAAAAGUAAAAUUUCUGCAUAUGGAGGUUGGAGGGGGGGGGGAGGCAAAGUUCUCUGGAAGGAUAAUCCUGGUGCCAUGCUAAUUGGCGUGGAGAGAGGGAGACUUAAGACAUCUUAAUAGCCAUCAGGGGCUGUAAUGGAGGGAGUCAGUCCUUUCUUAAUUAUGUUUGGCGGAUUCCUGGGGCCUGCCUGUGCCAAGGGGUACGCUGGUGCCAGCACUUGUGGGCCCGAGCAGGGCGUGUUUGGGGCACGAAUGUAGCUGUGAGUCUGCGGCACAGUUGCUGUGGGCGCCGACAGCAGGAUGAGAGGGCAUCCUGGCGACGAAAGGGAAAAUAGGACCUUGUCAAGGCGGCAUUUCAUCACCUCUGUCUUCGGGUGUAUCUGCAGACUGAACGCAAAGUCCUUGGGAAUCAGAAGUGGGGAGAGAGACCUGUUUGUAAGCAUCGCCCUUGAGCCAGUGCCACCAACUGGACUCAUCCACUUCAGCCCCGACUGGGUUAGGCGAGCUGGGUAGCACUUCCAGAGACCACCUUCUGCACAGGAACAGGUCAAAGUGCUGUGGACUCACAGCUUAGAGUUGUGAGCACCGGAUUCACUCCAACAAGAAGACAGUCGUCGCACAGCAGAGUAGAGCAGAGUCUAGCAGAGUAUAUAAACAACUCGGAGAGCAGCUCUGUAGAAUAUCUUCUUUUAUUCUAUCUACAACUAUACAAACUAUAUACAGAGCUUAAUAGGUCUAAGCAUAAAUGAAUGCUGCACUGCACUGAGUGUCUGCAGCUGCUCUUAGCAGCAACCUUAUCUCUACACACGAUCUCUAACACUCAGUCUUUCUCUCUCUCUCCGACACUGACUGACUGACUGACUCGGUGCUGGAGCAGAAUAAGUAGAGAGCAGAACACGCCUCCUCCUCUCUGGAGAAUCAGCAGACUCCUCAGGAGAUUCUUGGAUAUGGGAGGGGUGAAAUCUCCUCACUGUUGCGCUCCAGCCCUGCUUGUGGGGUUCCCAGAGGGCCGUCUGGUUGGCCACUGUGGGAACACGGUGCUGGGCUGUGUUAUGUGUUGGGCCCAGAGGCGCCAACUUCUCUGGACAAUUGAAGGGGCCUGACAAAGUCCUGAUGUCACGCGUGGGUCCCUCUGAAUAUUGAGGGGGCCCAGCCCCUUAAAAAAAAAAAGAUUGGGGGUCCGUAGUGCCUCAGGCCCCAGGAGCCAGUGCCCUAGUUUGGGUCUAAUCUGUCAGGGCUCUCAUUCAUCAUUCUUCUCCUGGGUAUCUUUACUAGAGGAUUAGACAAAUUCAUGAAGGACAUGGGUAUGUUUAGCAUAGGGAAAGAGAAGACUGAGAGGAGAUAUGAUAGCCCUCUUUGAAUAUCUCAAGGGCUGUCCCAUGGAAGAUGGAGCAAGCUUGUUUUCUCCUGCCCUGGAGGGUAGGACUCGAACCCACAGCUUCGAGUUACAAGCUAGGAGAUUCCGACUAAAUUCAGACAAUAUGAGCUGUUUGACAGUGGAAUGGUCUCCCUCGGGAGGUGGUGGACUCUCCUUCCUGACGCGCAGCGUAAAAUAAUAAUGCAGAGUUUUUAAGUGAAAGAAUAAGAGCUUUACUGAGUUAAAAUAAACUUCUUUAUAAACAACAUGGUUCCAAACCAUUUGACUGAGAUUACAUACUGACUGUGCUCAAAACUGAGGCAGACGGACACUAACUGAAAUCUUACAGAGAACACACAGAGAAAAUGGCUGCUACUUAUAAGGAGACUGAGACACAUGUCAGAGUGACUCAACAGUUAGCAGCUGGCCUGAAUAACUUUAGUAGGCCCAAAUGAUUGUGCAGUCCCAGCACUUCCCAGUCUGCUUUGCUGCUUCUGCUUUCAUGUGUCUUUGUCACAUGACACUUCCUUGGAGGUUUUUAAGCAGAGGUUGGGCGGCCACUUGCCAUGGAUGCUUUAGCUGAGAUGCCAGCAUUGCAGGGGGUUGGACUAGAUGACCUUUGGUGUCACUUCCAACUCUCUGAUUCUCUGAUUCAAUGGCUACCAAUGGCUACUAGCCACAAUGGCUAUGUUCUCCCACUACUGAUGGAGGCAGGAUGCUGCAGGAUAACAGUGGCUGGGAAUCACAACUGGGGAGAGCUCUGAGUUUCUGCUUGUGGGCUUCCCAUAAUGAGCCUGUGGUUGGCCAACCUGAGAGCAGGAUGUUGGACUAGAUGGACCUUUGGCCUGAUCCAGCAGGGCUCUGCUUAGGCUCUUAUUAUAUCUUCAUGGUUCUGGUGAAGCAGAUGCUCUACUGCCGAGCUCAAGUCCUCAUAAGGAAUGGGGGCACUAUGUCGACGUCCUUUCAUUCUGCAAGAGACAGAGAGGGAGAGAAUGGCGAAGCUGCAGAGGGAGAGAGAGAGAGAGGGAAAGACGUGAAGAAACAGGAAUGUUUUAUCAAGCGGUAAUUUACUGGUGCCGGAAAAUUGCCUUCCAUUUCAAGUCCGCGGUUUCGGGGGAAUUAAGUCGCUGCCUCCGUUUUAGUUUAAUUGCUUUUAACGAAAGGGGGGAAGGAACAGAGCUGCCAAAAAUGGGUUGGCAGUCUCUGCCUAACAGAUUGGAGGGGGACCCACACACACAAAUUUGAAAAGGGGAGUGGAAGGGCCCAUACCAUAUACUAGGGGUGUCAAAUAAGCAACUGAGAAGAAUCAAAGCUGUCUUAUGCAUGGCCUUUGGCUUGAUAUUGCUCUCUACCGUCCUACUCUCCAAAGUGGUACAGCCUUCCAACAGACGCAUCAUAGUGCUGAUAAUGCCAAGGCUGCAGGUUCGAUCCCUGUAUGGGAUAGCUGUAUAGUUUUGCAUUGCGGGGGGUUGGAAUGGAUGAUCCUCAGGGUCCCUUCCAACUCUACAAUUCUAUGAUUCUAUGUAGGUUUGCUCUAGCUCUAUAGCUGUUGAGCUAACUCAAGCAACCCACUCAUUUUAUCUGAUUUGUAUUGAUAAAUAUAUUACAUACAUCUGCCAGUUUUGUGGAUUUUAGCUGUGUUUUAUCCAUCCUUUUACGAUGGGCACAUCCCACUAAGUCCUUCUCAGAGAUAGAGCCACCGAAAUUAAUGGACCUACAUCUGUCAUGCUCAUCCAUAAGAACAUAUGAAAAGCCCUGCAGCUGAAUCAGGCCAAUGGUCCAUCUAGUUCAACAUCUUCUCACAGUGGCCGACGACAUGCCCAUUAGGAUUGCAGUCUUAUCUGAUGGAGGAUCUAUUGUAUAUUAUUUUUUUACCCUUAAUGUUGUUGUAUUAAUAUGCUGGGACCCUUGGGCCAAACACCAUAUAAUCAUCAUCAUCAUCAUAAAUAUUAUUAUUAUUAUUAGUAGUAGUAGUAACAACAAUUACAAUAUUAUUAUUAGUAGUAGUAGUAGUAACAACAAUUAAAAUAUUAAUAUUAAUAGUAGUAGUAAUAAUAGAUAUUAUUAACAGUAACAAUAAUUACUAAUAGUAAUAAAGUUACCUAGGCAAAACCAGCUUUCUCUCUCUCCUGAAAAAAAACACCACCCAAAUUCUGAUGUUGCAGCAACAGCAGAACCUCCAAUUAAUGGGCUUUUUCUUUCCUUGGCACAUUAAAGCUAAUUUUCUCCUCCUCCCUGACUUGAGCCAAACCCACACCGCAGGAGCCAAAGAUAACAAUAAACACCCGCACUGAGUUUAUUUUAGGCUAAGUCCGAUAAUCUUUCCUGCCAGCUUUGCAACUGGAGACCUCUCCCUUGCAUGGCAGCAGCUAAACCCGGGGUGGGAGGUGGGGAGCGCUCUUUAGGCCUCCUCGGUUGGUCCCCCCAAAAAAACUGUAGAGAUGAAGGCAAAGAAAAACAAAGGUCGCUAAGCCCUCCCCAAUGGCGCAGAAGAAAGUGAUUCGGUAGGGCUAGGGGUGUGUGUAUAGAGGGAGGUUGGAGAAUUUUGCCAAACAGAAACGAGAGCAGAAAUGGCCAAUGUAUACUUGUUCGUCCUACAUCCGGAACGGAAGUCAAUUGGGCGAACAUGAUCAGCAAAUGAUACAUAAUUGAUUAUGGUUCCCUGCCUCAACCCCACAUUUGCAUUGUGUUUUCUUUGCAAUGAAAUGAGCCGGGUGGAAUAAUGUCACAACCACGUUCCUGGGAUAGCUCAGUUGAUAGAGUGUGAGACUAUCGGUUCGAGACACACUUUGGGCAAAAAAGAUUCUUGCGUUGCAUGGGGUUGGACUAGAUGACUCUUCUGACUCUACAGCCUUAUGAUUCUUAUGUGAUUACUUGGUGUUACGGAUGUUAUGGUUUUGUUACAGUGGACAAACGAGACGAAUGGUGCCAUUUUUGGUGAAAGGCUUAACUGGGGGAAAAGAUUAAAUGUUAAACUUAAGGUGGAUACAACCCUGCGAUUCUUGAAUGUAAAGUGGUCUGGUGAUGUUUAAAGUCAAAGACACAACACAAGAAAGCGUCUGUGUGUUAUGAAAUAGAGAGAAGGGGAGCAAUGGAGGCGGUGGCCAGGGUCUCGUUGGAUUUGUGACGGUGUUCUUUUUCUCCCUAGCCUUCGGCCAAAGGAGCAUUCCUCCGGGGAUCUGGUUUGAACUUAACCACCGGGAGAUUUACAGCAUCUAUAUCUGGCAUUUAUCAGUUUUCGGCCAACGUCCACAUUGGUGAGUGGGAACUCUUGCUGCUGGCAGAUAACAUGUCCUUUUGCCUUCGUUUCACAGCUGGUACGGUCUUGAAAAAAGAAGGUCAAAUCUAACCCUACGGAAGCUGGUUCCUCUAACACAGGGACCUUAUUUAUGCCUGAGGGGCCAAAUUUGCUUCUGGGCAACCUUCCAAGGGCCACAUGCCAGAGGCAGAAGUGGGUGGGGCAAUAAAUGUUGAUGUUAAAUUUGCAUCCAAGGCUAAUUUCUGUGCACACAUCUCUAUAUUCAUUACAUACCCUCCUUCCUUUUCUUUUUCUUCAAGACCACAGUGAGCUGAAAAGUAAACUACAGCUUCGAGCAAGAGACAACGUCCGGGUGCUGAUCUGCAUCGAAUCCCUCUGUCAUCGCAACACGUAAGUCACUGGGAUGCUGCUGCAAUACCAUCUCAGGACACAGGUGGGGAACCUUUGGACCAUUGUCCGAAUGUGGUCUUCCAGCUCUCUGUGUCUGGCUCUCAGGACUCUCCCCAGGCCACACACCCUCCCCAGCUAGGUCUCUCCCCAGCCCUGCUUUGUACCUUCCUUGAGCACCUUUGCGUGGCUGGAACAUGUCCUUGAACUCUGAACUCAUGCCUGCAAGAGAGGGGUGGGUGUUGAAACCAGCCUACUGCGCAAAGGUCAUUUUAAAAUCCACUGCUCCGCCCACUUUUACCUCUAGCUCCGCCUACCACUGGCAUGUGACCCCCAGAAGGGAAUGCAGCCCUUGGAAUGAAAAAGGGUCCCCCAUCCUUGUUUCAGCAUCUACCAUCUUUAUGGCAGGCCUAAUCUAAGGUUUCUUUCUCAAUGGAUAAUUGAAGUAACAAUAAGAACAACAACAAUAGCAAUAUCCCAGCCAUUCUUUCCUCCCUGAAAUACACUUGAGUCUCAACUUAUGCUUGUCAGAAUAACACCAGCACAUUAUGAAUAGGAGUCAAUAAUAGGAGUCAAAAGGGAAAUUGGAGGUCAUUUUGCUCCACCCUCUGCUGGGCACAAGAUCUUCAAUGCUGGAGGCAACUAAGAUAAUGAGAAAAGCUCUGCUAGAUGAGGCCAAUGGCCCAUUGGGGUCAGGCAUCCUGUUCUCUCAGUGUUCAUCCAGAUACCUACAGGAAACCCCACCAAAACAGGGCCCAUGGAAAUUAAGAACAUAACUAAAGCCUGCUGGAUCAGACCAAAAGCCCAUCUAGUCUAACACCCUGCCAACCAAAUGCUUCUUCUGGAAAUCCUGCAAGCAGGACCUGAGUGCAACAGCAACUCUCCCUACUUGUGAAUGCCAGCAAGUAGACAUCUUGCUUCCAACAAUGAAGACAGAACAUAGAUAUCAGGCUUAAUAGCCUUCUUCUCCAUGCUACUUCCCUGACUAACCAGUUUCUGCAUAAAAACCUUCAGUGAAGCAGAGCAAAGCACUCUGUUUCACCGCUCUUAUCAGUGAGGCACUGCUCCUAUCUUUUAGCCGAAAUUGAUUUUCCUGCCGUUUCCACCCCCCACGCUCCUUCGCCCUGGAGCGACAGAAAAUGCACCUGCUCGAUUUUCCUCAGGACAACCCUUCAAUCCUCUCGUGGUCUCCCCUUCAUCUUCUCUUCUCCAGGGUUCAUGGCUUACCCUGGCCCACGGCGGCCAUCUUUGUUUUGGAUGGUUCUUUGGAAGUUGACUCAUUCUGGAGCAUUCGGGGGUCGGAAUGGCUGCCGUGCACAAAAAUAUGGCAGCCUCGUGCAUUCAGACCUGUCUCCCAUGGCAACCAUCCGCAGCUCUUCUGAAGGCCUGCAGCUUCUCAAUUGAAAGGGCUGUGUCUCCUCAGUAAGCCUCGUUGGAAAAGCUUAGAGAUCUGCAGUUCAUUUGGCAGAGGGCAGUGGUGUUCCCCCAGCCCUUUCUAAAACACCCCCCAUGCUUUCCUUGCACAAGAACGGCCAUUUUGGGUCUUUUCUCUUUCCUGAUUUGUUCUUUGUCCGCCACACUCGCCACAACUCUGUCAAAACAAAAGUGGGGAAAAUGUCCUCUGAACGGGUCUCUGCUGGCAGCUCUUGAAACCCCACGGAAGCCAAAAAGUGGAGCUGGAAGAAAGGUUUGGGCACACGGCUGUGCCAAAGACCCCCCCUUCCUCUUCGUGACUCAGAUGGAACCGAUCUCGCUGUUAAAGUUCUAAUUUAAACACUUUUAUUGGAGGAACAGAGAAGAAGGUGUGGAAUGCUGAAGAAUUAAAAAAAACACCCCAGACCAGGCCUUGUUCAUAGACUUUGUUGGCUCCCCCAAAAGACGCCAUGGAGCUUGCAAGGAGUUGUUGUUAUUAGUAGCAGUGGGUGCUGGGAGAUGGCAGAAACCCCUUGAACCUGAUAGUUUGGCAGAUACCGCAGCAGGGAAGAACAUAGAGUCAGCAAUAAAUUGCAUUCAUAACACGAACACAAAAUCUACCGCAAACCAGGAGCUUAAUACAUCAACGCAGCCAGUUGAUGUUUUCCAUGGGGAAAAUCUGGGUGAACAGAUACGUUUUAAGCAAGGGCCAAAAUGCCUAAUUAGGGAAGAGAGGAUGUGUCCCAUUUCGUUUUCUCAUUUUUCCAGCCUUACCGUCAGUUCUCCACAUUUCCUCUUGCCUUUUUAAAAGAAGCCCCGCAUGAAAAUUCAUCUGCUGUUUUGUGAGAAUUUCUCCUAAUGUAUCCCUUUUCGUAUGCAGCUUUGCCAAAUACACAGAUUUUUGUUUUGCAAGCCAUUUCCCCAUAUAUAAUGCAUAUUUGUAUACCAUGUUCCCUUAUAUGCACUUCAAUGCACAGUUCCACCAAGUUUAUUUUCAUUUUUCGCAUUUCUAUCCCACAAGGAACUUGAGGUGGUGUGUACAUGGUUCCCUUCUUCCUCCCCAUUUUGUCCUCACAACAACCAUGUGAGGUAGGUUAGGCUGAGAGGCUGCCCCAGGCCGAAGGCCACCCAGUGAGUUUCAUGGCUGCUUGGGGAUUUGAGCCCUGGUCUCCCAGGUCCUAGUCCAACACUCCAGUCACUGGACCACACUGGUGUGAAGAUAAACACUAGCUUAGUUCUUUAAAAAGUAAAUUUUAUUGUUUAUAGCCCAGUGGCCCAUCACAAUACAGUAUGAGCAGAAAUCACACAGCUACAAAACUAAAGGCAUUGCAUGCCACCAGACCAGGACAAAUCUACAAUGUCCAAAAUUUAGGAAUGUUCCUUCUAGUCAGCAUCCCUGGGCAUUGGCACUUGCACAAACCAGAAAAGUUGCUCUUACCUUUCUUGUGCUAGUACAAAUAGUGUCACCCUAUAGCUGAUGCACAUUUCGACGUCUGCCAAAACCAUUUAAUUUUCGAAUCAUCUGGAUGACCUUCAAAGGCGAUCUGAAAAGGGGAGACUAAUUUAGCUCUGGGUGAAUCAUACAAUGGGCAAUAUGAAACAUAAUGUAAAAGAUGCUCAGUAGACCCUCUGGGGUUUCAGAUGUGAAUAUUUCCCGGCCCUAUCAGGAGAUGUUGGACCGGUGGCCUACCCACCAAGCUCUUCUUCAGCUUUGGAGCAAUUGGCCAUGCUUGUAAAGGCUACUCCUGUUGCUGAAACAGAGGCGAAAGAGAGCCUCCAGCAAGUCAGGGGGCUGUUGCUCUUGGACCGUCUCUGGAUAGGGGUGGAUUCAGGUGAACAUUGGAGUUGGUUUUUGGCAUGGCGGCUGUGGAAACUGGGAGCAGUGGAGUGAGGCGAUGGUUUCCGUUCCCUCGGGUUGCCUCACCUCUUAUGAAACAUGACGAGGCCAGGACAUCAGCUGGCUCGGGGCAUGCCUCUACCACCUGCCCAACCUGGCAGUGCCCCUUUAUUAGGGCUUUGCUUGCACCUGCAGGGUGGGGCAACCUGCCUCCGGAGGGCAUGAGACCUGUUGCAAUGUCGGUAGGAGAGCAAGCCCAAACGAGCCAUCAGCUGGCAAAACUGCUGAGAGCGAAGAGCAUGUCAUAAACAUGGGGGUUGUAGCCAACGUCGGCCCUACUCAGAGUAGAUCCAUUGAAAUGAACCGGCGCGGCUAAUUUAGGGGUUGCAGCCAACUUUAAUCCUCCUCAGACUAGACCUUUUCUGUUGUACCCAACUACACCCUCCUCAGAGUAGACCCUAAGUUGGCUCUGGUCAUUAAUUUCAAUGGACGCAUGUCUGACAUUAUUAAGGGUCAUGUCUAACUUAGGAUCACGUUUAACUUAGGUUCGUUCAUUUCAACAGGUAUGCUCUGAGCAGAACUUAUUUGGCUACAACCCAUCAUUUUUUUACUUGGUUAGUCAUCUGCCUUAGAACCCAGGGAUGGAUGGAAGAAAUUUAAAUUAAUGUGUUUGUUGCUGAAAGAUCUCCAUUUUGUUUUGCUCCACUUCCUCCAAAUUAUCUUCCAAAACCGACUGUGUGGGGAACCUCUGACCCUCCAGAUGUUGCUGAACUACAACUUCCAGGAGGCGUGGCCAACGGCCAGAGGGAUAAGGAGAGUUGUAGUUCAGCAAAGGUACAGGGCCAAAGGUUCCCCACACAGCCAUUUUUUUCCAAGGUAAUUUGGAGGAAGUUGAACAAAACUUUAAAAUAGCCCAUUCCUAUGCAUAUACAGUGGUACCUCGGGUUAAGUACUUAAUUCGUUCUGGAGGUCCACUUUAGCUAAUGGGACCUCCCGCUGCCGCCGCGCCGCCGGAGGACGAUUUCUGUUCUCAUCCUGAAGUAAAGUUCUUAAACCGAGGUAAUAUUUCUGGGUUAGCGGAGUCUGUAACCUGAAGCGUAUGUAACCUGAGGUACCACUUUACAACCGGAAGCAAACUGGUACUGUGUUCAGUGGGGCUUCCUCAUGGGUAAAGGUGCAGAGUAAAGUUAGGGCCAGCUUGCUAAUACACCUGGCUUUGCAAGCCGGUGGAAAUCACAGAGGAAACAAUGAGAGCACACUGCAAUUGGAGGGGCAACCGAAAUGAUCAAGGGGAUGGAACAACUCCCCUAUGAGGAAAGGUUGACGCAUUUGGAUUUUUUUUUUAAGUUUAGAGGAAAGGCAACUAAAAGGUGACAUGGCAGAAGUUUAUAAAUUUAUGCUCGGCAUGCAGAAAGGGGACAGGGGAAAGUGUUUCCUCCUUCUCUCAUAACGCUGGAACUCAUGGACAUCCCAAGAAAAACUGAAUGUUGGAAGCUUUGGGACAGAGGAAAGGAAGAGCUUCUUCAGGCAGUACAUAGGUAACCUGCGGAACUCACUUCCACAGGAGGAAGUGGGGACCGCUAACUUGGGUGCUUGAAAAGAGGACUGGACAAAUUCUAGGAGGUUGAGGCGACGAAUGGCUAUUGGCCUUGAUGAUUAUGCUCUGCCUCCGUGGUCAAAGGCAAAAAAUGCCAAUUUCUGGAAAUGGCAGAAGGGGAGAGUGCUCUUCUUUUUCAGGGCGUACUUGCAGGCAUCUGGCUGGCCACUGUGAGAAUAAAUGGACUAUAUGGGCCAUUGGCCUGAUCCUGCAGGCUCUUCUUAUGUCCUUAUAAAUGAUGGAGAUCUUGCGGAAUUUGAGCUUGCGAUACCCCACUUCUCAGCCACCGUGCUAUGCCAAGCUAUGACUCUGGUCUGUGAACAUCUGUCUCCCUUUCUUUUGCACCUCGUAGGUCUUUGGAAGUUAUUGCUGGUCUGGAAAGCAACAGCAAGAUCUUCACCGUUUAUGUCCACGGAUUGCUGCAGCUGCAGGUAUAAGGGGGCUGUAGAGCUGGUGGUAAUGUAGCCUAUAAAGAGAACCAGUGAAUUGACGCGGGUGGCACUGUGGGUUAAACCAAAGAGCCGAGGACUUGCUGAUCAGAAGGUCGGCGGUUUGAAUCCCCGCAACAGGGUGAGCUCCCGUUGCUCGGUCCCUGCUCCUGCCAACCUAGCAAUUCAAAAGCACAUCAAAUUGCAAGUAGAUAAAUAGGUACCACUCUGGUGGGAAGGUAAAAGGCGUUUCCGUGCGCUGCUCUGGUUCACCAGAAGUGGCUUAGUCAUGCUGGCCACAUGACCCGGAAGCUGUACUUUACAGCCAGUAAAGCGAGAUGAGCACCGCAACCCCAGAGUUGGACACAUCCUUUUACCUUUACCUUUUAGAGCUGGUGGUAAUGUAGCCUAUAAAGAGCACCAGUGAAUUGAGACAGACUCCCGCCCCUGGGGCCACCAUUUUUAUGCAACAGGUUCGGCAGGUGGGAAGAACCAUAGCUCAGUGGUAGGGCAUCUGCUCUGCAUGCAGAAGGUUCAAUCUCCGGCAUCUCCAUUAUUAGGUUUUAUUUUGUCUCAGGGCAGAUUACAAUUAAAAUUCUGAAAACGCUGUAAAACAGCUUCAAAUUAUAGAAAUAAGAUGGGUCAAGUGUCGAAAGCCAAGGCGUGCUUUGUCAUGGAGAGGAGGGAGCCCCACAGCCUUCCACAGAGAAGGCCCUUUCCUGGUCUGCCACCCCCACCAACUCCUGUGGGUGGCAGAACAAGCAAGAAGGCCUCCUCUGCUGAUUUCAGCACCCAAGAAGGUCUGUAGGGAAGGAGCAGGUCUUUUGGGUAGUUCAGCCCUGAAUAGUUCAGGGCAGUGCUCCCCAAACUUGGGUCUCCAGCUGGUUUUGGACUACAAUUCCCAUCAUUCCCCCUGCCAGCUAGGUAGGGACGAUGGGAGUUGUAGUCCAAAAAGAGCUGGGGACCCAAGUUUGGGAAACACUGGCUUUGAACGCUAAUGGGAGAACCUUCAAUCGGACCUGGAAACAAACCGGCAACCCCCAGGCUUGUGGUUCUCUUGUAGCUUUGUACAUUGGCUCCCAGUAUGUUUCUGAGCACAACUCAAAAUGUUGGUGCUGACCUUUAAAGCCCUAAACGGCCUCCGUCCAGUAUACCUGAAGGAGCAUCUCCACCUCCAUCAUUCUGCCUGGACACUAAGGUCUAGCGUCGAGGGCCUUCUGGCAGUUCCCUCACUGUGAGAAGCCAAGUUACAGGGAACCAGGCAGAGGGUCUUCUUGGUAGUGGCACCCGCCCUGUGGAACGCCCUCCCACCAGAUGUCAAAGAGAACAACAACUACCAGACUUUUAGAAGACAUCUGAAGGCAGUCCUCUUUUAAUGUUUAACAGACUACUGUAUUUUAAUACUUUGUUGGAAGCCGCCCAGAGUGGCUGGGGAAACACAGCCAGAUGGGCAGGGUAUAAAUAAUAAAUUCUUAUUCUUAUUUCUUCUUCUCUUCCCUUGUGGUGCAGCCUGGACAAUACACUUCCAUCUUUGUCGACAACAGCGCCGGUGCCCCUGUCACCAUUCAGAACGGAUCUGAUUUCAUGGGGAUGCUGGUGGGAGUCUAAUCCCGGAUGACCCUCGACGCAGGGGGGCAGGGGGACGAAGAUGCAGCCAAGGACCUGCCCGUCCGUACUUUGCCACCUCUGUCCCAGGGGAUCGCCUUCUCUUUGCCGUUAGGCUUCUCCAGCUGAGUGACGCAAACAAUACUUUCCCUUCUUCCCGCGGCAUAGCAAUAAUUCAAGAAGAAGACAAAAAUCACGGGAGGAGAACAGUUCUUGCCACUGAACCUAAAAGACCAGAUCUAUUUCGUUCCCAGUACAAUAUAUUCACAGGACACCUUCACUUCCUCAACCUCGGCUCUGAGAUCCAAAACUUUGCUUUUGCUUCGGGAUACAGCGUUUUGUUUUUGAAAAGACCAACCUUCCAAGGACAUCUAACUCUCAUCUGAACUGGGGGGGGGGGGCUUGGUGCACUGUGGGUAAGUGGGUCUCUGAAGGCAUAAGAAAAACAAAGGUGGCUCCAAAGCAGAGCACCUGCUUUGUGUGUAGAAGGUCCUUAGUCCAGCCCCCAGCAUGAUUUGAGAAACAGCAGACUCCCUUCUGAAAGGAUUCCUGUUUUCUGAUUCCACCCUACCUAAUUGGUUUCCUUUUUUUUAAAAAAAAGGCCUAAAAAGCUCCUUGCAAUUUAAUGCCGAACCAUUUUUAAAUCAGCCUUCCCAUUGCAGAUGCAAAAGCGUGUCCCACAAAAAAUGGAUGAAGAGCAACUAAGUCCCUUGGACCAGUUACUCUCUCUGGACAUCAAUUGGUGGUGCGGGUUUUUUUUAAAUCUGUUCCUGGCAGGGAACCUAUGCCGGCCCCUCCUGUGAACCACUUAGACCUUCCUAAAGGAAGCAAAGGAUCCAGCUAUAUGGUUGUAGCCUAUGAUGUCCCACUCAGAACAGACCCAUUGAAAUGAAUGGACCGAAGCAUCCCCUUACUGUCAAUGAGUCUACUCUGAGUCCAACUAGCAUUGGACACAACCCAAAACGAAUGGAAUAGCUGCAAAGUUAUUCUAACAGGUGGGUUGUGAGUCACAGGAAAAGCUGGUGAAGGUGAGGGGAGUCCCCAUUUUCAGAAUGGAGUUUCAUCCAUGCAUCCUUCAAAUUCUCCAUCUUCACCACAUCCCUGAAUUUUGUUGACAUUCCAGCCCUGCUUUCAAGUGAUCGUUGUCGGCUUGUGUGUUUGUGUGUAUGUGUGUUUGCGUGCUGGCUCUGGCUGAGUUGAAAAACAGUUUAAUAAUUAUUAUAAUUGAGAAGAGAACUGUAUAUUAUUUAAAUUAUCUGUGCUUGACCGCAAGUGCCCAGCCUCACUAUAUACAAAGGCCGAGGAAGGCAAGUCUGGAGCUAUUAGUAAUUGGUGUGAUGUCGCCAGAGUGAUUUCUGACGGGAUUUUGCCGCUCUGGGGGGAAAGAGAAGGGGGACCAAGCACAGCCUCCCGAAGAGACAGAAAGGAUGUGUUUGGGCUCAAGCAUCGUCACGGCAGCUGGCAGAUUUCUGCUAAUUUCUUUCCAGAGACUUUGACAUGCAACUGUGGACUUAGCCAUCAACACCCAGCCUGCACCUUCAAAGGUUCCCCCACCCCGACUGUUUAAGAAUCACCCCCGGGCCUUUUGUUGCGUUUCAAAGUAACCCCAUUAGGGCAGGACAAAGUGUUACAAAUCCAUUUUCCCCCUCUGCAUCCGUAUGAUGAGCUCUCAUUCGUCUCCUAACCUCGUCGAUACACUUCUCUGCCCUCCCUGUGUGGGAAGCAGGUAGUGAUUUAAACAGUCCACACCUGCCCAUUUUGAGCAGGGCAGGAUCCUGCUGGAUAGCUCACUUGGUUAGAGCGUGGUGCUGUUAACACCACGUUCACGGGUUCAAUCCCCAUAAGGGACAGCUCAGGGUCCCUUCCAACUCUAUGAUUCUAUGAGAUGUCAGCAGUGGGCAGGGAUGGAUUUAGCAGCCUGGUACUGACAGGAGAGAUGUCCAGCAGGGGAGCUGUCCAGCAACGACCUAGUGCUGGUUCAGCAAAGCUUUUACAUUAGCCAACAGACUGGGCGAGACGGGGUGUGUGUGUGUGUUAUAGCAGGCCAGCUUUUCCUGCCUCUUCCUGGCUUCUCAGCAGGGCCCUGUUCCCGGAACGUAAACUUGUGUUUGCCUCCUCUGAAGUAGGGAGAGAGAAAUUUGGUUCGUUUUACAUUUUGAUGUGCACCUACCUGGUUUGCACUUCCCAAAACAACAUGUAAAAUCAUGGCUAUCCUUUUAAAAUCUCUGAAUUUUGUGGUGUGGUUCUCGAACCAAAGAAAAAAGAAAAAUUGCAUGUAUUGGGGGAAAUAGCAUCGCAAAACGCAUCCUGUUAAGGAAAACAGCUUGCGAAAACAUCUGCGUUCAGCAAAAUAGCGUACCAAAAAUAUAUAAAGGUAAAGGGACCCCUGACCAUUAGGUCUAGUCGUGGACGACUCUGGGGUUGCGGGUCUCAUCUUGCUUUACUGGCCGAGGGAGCUGGCGUACAGCUUCCGGGUUAUGUGGUCAGCAUGACUAAGCCGCUUCUGGCGAAACCAGAGCAGCACACGGAAACACCAUUUACCUUCCCGCCAGAGCGGUACCUAUUUAUCUACUUGCACUUUGACGUGCUUUCGAACUGCUAGGUUAGCAGGAGCAGGGACCGAGCAACGGGAGCUCACCCUGUCGUGGGGAUUCGAACCGCCGACCUUCUGAUCGGCAAGUCCUAGGCUCUGUGGUUUAACCCACAGCACCACCCGCGUCCCACCAAAAAUAUAUAUGGGUGAAUUAAAGAACAUGCCCGCUACAACACAAACGAGUCUUUGAGAAGACUUUUUAAAAAUGCAGAAAUGGACCACUUGAGAAUGGGGAAAUGAGAAAUGAAAAUGGAAAGAUUUGUCCACCCCAGUUCCCAAGGAGGGAUGAAGGAAAGGACGCCUGCUAAACACACACUGCAUCUCCAAUGAUGGGGUUUGGCGCAGACUCGUUGCUUCUGCUUGUUCAGUCUCAGGAGGGUCAGGAAAAGGAUCUGCAGCUAGGUGGGGAGUCCCAACAGAAAGAACAUUGGGUUCCUUCAUGUUUCAGCCCGCUAGGUGAAGGCAUCACCUGAGGUGAUGGCCUCAGAAUGGGGUCAUGGGAAAUGUAAUUCCCUCUGAUCCCAGUCUGUGCUAGGAGCCAUGGUAAGGACUGGAUUUCCCUCUUCUUUGCAGGAGGACCUAUCCUGCUCAGGGGCCAGGCAACGAACACAGAGCAUCGUGACCAUUGACCAUGGGGACAUGGAGCUGCCAAUUUGGGCAAUGGCUUCUUUUAUCUUGCAACAUUUAGUCCUGCCCUAGAUCUUUUACCAUGCGAAACAUUUCCUGCAAGCUGGGUGAUUUAUUUCAAUUUUAAUUUUAAAUAAGAGUGGGGUGCAUGUGUGUCAAGAAACGGGGAGAGGGAGAUUAUUUCAAGCAAGCGCAACCCUUCUAGUAGCGCCUCUUGCCUUUAUCGUCUUAUGUUUUAAUAAGAUAUAUUAAUAAAUCUGUAUAUUUAGUCACCUUGUAUACACAGCAGCCCUCGGGGCACGCAUUUAAAGCUGUAAACAUAUCAUUGCACACUGGAGGGGCUGCCAAGCAGCCUGGCAUGGGAUCGGCAGGCUGGCGGGGAGAGUGUUGACUUAUUUAUGGAGCUGGCUUGGCAUUGACUGCGAUGAAAACUUGUGAAGGAUAACGUGGUGCAAACAGUCUCUCUACUGCACUGUUUUCAGUCUGGCUUAAAAGCUCUAGGUUGCAUCCGGUGCUAGUUCUGCUCAGAGUAAACCCAUUGGAGUUAAUAGACAUGGCUAACUUGAGUCAAUUGCAUUCAAUGGCUUUACACUGUUCAGAAGAGAGAAUUCAGCUCUUCUCAUACAAUCCUAAUGGAUCGUCUUCUAUGUUAGUCCAAGUCAGAGUAGACUCACUGGGCCUUAUCCAAUGCAGCAGCUCUGCUGGUACACAGGAUUUCUAUGUGCAAAAUGGAUCUUCCUCUCUCUUCCCUCCCCCAUACCCUCUAAAUUAGCUCUGAAAGUUUG